AUGGCCGGCAGUGCUGUGGUGCAGGUGACGUCCGCGCAGCAGCAAGGAGGCGAGUCUGACCACCGCGGCGAGGGCGAAGCCGGAAAAGCCACGACACAAGAUGACCUCAGCGAAACGCGCACGAGGGAGAAGAGCCAAAAGAAAAAAGCUAAGCAGAAGAAUUCCAAAACCUCAACUGGUGGGAGAGGCAGGAGCGGCUGCAUGGUGGACGCGCUUAGCAGCGCGGCGCAGACGAACGCGCACUACACGUGCCACAACGUGCAGGACCUCCUCGCCUGCAGGGGCUACCCCUGGCCCCUGGGGCAGGCCAGGCAGGGCGGCAAGAGCAAGAAGAAGUGA